UAGCUAUCCAAGUUACGGAAUUAGCUGUACUGCCACAUCCUCAAUGUUGCAAGUCAGGAUCCAACAGCAGAGUUACAGUGAAGUGUCUACUAUUCUAAUUACUACUACUCACUGCACUGAUGACCAGGCGGAGGGGCAAGGUGGCGUGGGUUCUGUUGAAGAGUUUCAGAGGAAGAGCUUUGGCACUGCCACCUGCCAGAUCUCCAAAGUCCAGACUACCAGAUUUACCAACAUCUAUCUGUCUAACUUUAGCCAAUGUCGAUGCAGCCACUGGCAGCCCAGGAGUUGAACCCAAUGUGACAUUAGCACAGCUGCUGCCCUGGGACUCUGACAGGAAACUUGGGAUCGGCUCAUCUUCCAGGUUGCAGAGUCUCUCCAUCAUAGAAAGGAAACAUCUUAGGCAGGGCGUCUCUGAACAGUAGGUGGCGAUGGUGCAACUCAUACGUUGGUUAGCAUCUACCUUUAACUUCAAUAGAAGAAGAAGAAAGCUAUUCAUUGGAGUACACACAGAAGUUCGUAUCGAGAGAGACAGAAGAUAACCGACUUCAGGGAUUAGAUUACAACAUAAAAAAUGAAUUUGGAGCAAGAAUUUGAAGACCUAGAUACGUCUGGGACAUGGAAAAAUCUUUACAAUGAAAUUAGAACCCAGUCGAGUGACUAUGAAUACAAAGUAGCAAAAUCUCCAGAAAACCGGAAUCUAAACCGAUACAGGGAUGUUAGCCCUUUUGAUCACAGUCGUGUGAAACUUAAAAACUCUGAAAAUGACUACAUAAAUGCCAGCUUGGUCAUUAUGAAGGAAGCCCAAAGAACCUAUAUUCUAUCACAGGGCCCUUUGACCCACACCUGUGGCCACUUCUGGCUAAUGAUCUGGGAGCAAGGUACCAAAGCUGUUAUAAUGCUCAACAAAGUUAUUGAGAAAGGAUCUGAAAAAUGCGCCCAGUACUGGCCAACAUGUGAGGAACAGCAGAAGUCCCUGCCAGACACAGGUUUUGUGGUGUCAUUACUCUCAGAAGAAGACAAAUCUUACUACACAAUACGAGUGCUAGAACUGCAGAAUACAAAGACAGGAGGUACCAGAGAGAUAUACCACUUCCAUUACACCUCAUGGCCGGACUUUGGUGUUCCAGAAUCCCCUGCUUCCUUUCUCAACUUCCUGUUUAAAGUUCGAGAGUCUGGAUCCUUGGGAUCAGAACAUGGCCCUCCGGUGGUGCACUGUAGUGCUGGGAUUGGACGCUCGGGAACCUUCUCAUUGGUUGACACCUGUCUGGUUUUGAUGGACAAGAGGAAGGAUCCGUCCUCUGUGGACAUUCAGAGGGUUCUGCUGGACAUGAGGGAGCAUCGUAUGGGCCUGAUCCAAACGUCAGACCAGCUGCGCUUUUCCUACAUGGCUAUUAUAGAGGGUGCCAGGGGCAUCAUGGGAGACAGCUCUGUGCAGAAGCUGUCCCCAGAAGACAGAGGGACAGUAUGUGAGUCUCACCCUGCCUUGACGCCCCUGAGACAGCCCUUAAAGCCAGAUGACGAGCCCUUGCCCUGCCUAGCGACUAAUGCCACCUUGGGGCCAGCAGCAAGGGAUGACAAAGUGGCAGGAACACAUACAGAUGGUCACAGCCGGUAUCAAAACCCUGCAGAGGGGGCAAAUAUGCCCAGAAAGAGACGAGAGGAGCGGAUCACCAACAUGGCACAGAAAGUACAGAGAAUGAAGAUUAAGUUGAGUGACACAGAGAGGCAGAGAGAGCAAUGGCUCUACUGGAGACCCAUUCUCUUGAACAUAGGCGCUGGGGCAGCCCUGGCUUUGGGUGUGCUGGUCUGCUGGAUCUGCUCACGGUGAAAAGUCUUCAUGCAUCUUCACUGACCUUUUGCACCAGUACAUGGGAUAUAUGGGAUUCAGAAUUUGUGUGUAUAAAGGGGUAUUUAUUUCUACUAAUCAAAGGACAGAGCACAUGUUAAAAUCUUUAUGAUAACAUGUCAGGAGCUUAAUUUCAGAAACAUUUUUGUCAUCAGUGAUGAUGAAUGUAAUGUAUUAACUUCCUUUAGAUGUUCUGAUUCACCUAACAAUGUUCUAAUGUUUAUUUUUGCAUUAUUUAUGUUUUGUAUACAUCAAGAUAUUUUUUUGUGUAUUUAAAAGUCACAUUUGGAUUGUGAGAAUUCCCUUUAAAUUAAAUUAAUGUUAGGCUGAAAAACUCUACUCGUGCAUGCAAAGUGGAAGUUUCCCAGAACAGAAUUGUCCCUAUCCUUAAUUGAAUCAACACCAGGGCAUUGUCAAGCGCAAGAGCAUCAUUUUGUGAACCAUUUUUAGUUUGAUGCCCUAUUGAUGGUUUCUUACAGUCAGUCAAAUGAAUCUGGUCUUUGAUUUAAUAUUGACUUAAGAUAUGUGAUUUGUUGUCUUACUUGAUAAACCACACACUUGUCUAUUGUUGGUGUGUAACUUGUUAGCGACUUCUACAUUCAGGUUUACCCAUAGUUGGAUAUGGAGUUUUUUUCAUAAUCUGCGAUGGAUAUGAUUGCACAUGUUUCUGAAGUAGUUUAUAUUUAGUUCAUACAUGAGUCAGAAUGUAUUUUAGUACAUUUGUUUUUAAGUUAAGGCUGUACAAUUGCUGUGUGGAUAACCUACAUUUUAUCUGUCACUCUGCAGGUUAUAUUUACAUUUUGAUUCACCAUAGGUUUUCCCAGAGCAUCUUAGACUUUUACACUGGCACCUUUUGAAGAUUUAUAUGGAAAGCAUCUAUGUUAACAUUGUUCAGACUUUUAAUUGUCAAAAUAACACUUAACUGUUAUGUCAUACUAUUUUCAUAUGAUUUAAUUAUUUACUUUUUAUCAGCCACUAUUGGACAUGUUGCAUGUCACACUAGCAACUAAAAUGCUUAAAGAAUUACUUCCUAUUGUACAUCCAUUGCAUGCUAAAUACUCAGGUUUCAAUCCCUACCCGUAACAUGACUGAAAUCCAUCUUAUUUAAGGGAGAGUAAAUGAAGGG